AUGUUUAUGGAUCGUCUACGUACUGCGCAGCCCAACAGCGCGUGCGUGAUGGAGUUCUUCGACGUUACCGCCCUUUAUACAAACGUGUCGAAUGACUCCACAAUGCAAGCCAUAUUCGAACUCCUUCUACAACACGAAGAAGAAAUAAACAUCUAUGGUUUCAAGAUAGAGCACCUGAUGGUACUUUUAAAAGACUGCUUGAGCUGCUCAAACCUCAGAUGGUCCGGAAAGUACUACGCUCAAAUAAGAGGGUUGGCAAUGGGACAACGGCUGGCUCCAAGCCUUGCCAUUGCAUUUAUGUCUAAGGUGGAAGCACCGGUGACUGAAGUGGGCCCGCUACUCUACUGUAGAGACCGCGAGUUAAAAGCUAUGGAGAAACUUGCCCGCAAUCACUUGGCCGCUCCUCUCCAUGCACGAUUUAUAAAUGGCAUUGUAUGCGGUUACCUCCCCGGAUCUACCAUCACUGUAGACGACCUUACAGAUCCUUCUAUGCAAAAGUACGAAUAUGGAUUUUUCUUGCCGUUCGUUGUUCCGAACAUCGACUUUGUUGGUGAGCUGCCCAAUCAGUUGAAGAAAAUACAAGCAAUUGUGAGUCUACUGGAAGAAGAAAUCACUUUUUGCCACAAUGAUCUCCUAGUGCAUAACAUACUUUUCGACCCAGUUUCCGAACGAGUUCUAUUUAUUGACUAUGAGUACGCCGACUACAACUACACCAUUUUCGAUCUUGCUAACCUUUUAUGCGAAUUUGCGGGAGUUGAAAACCCCGAUUAUUCUCGUUGUCCUGAUCAGGAUGGUAUUCGGGGCUUUCUAAGGAUAUACCUGAAAGAGAGGUAUGGACGCGUUGAUGAAAAGCGACUGAACCAGAUGACCGAUAGAUGUCCUCUUUUUCAAGCAGUAAGUGGAAAUGAUUGGCUUUAUCGUGUAAACAAUUAG